AUGGCGUCGUUCCUGCUCGGUGACGACUACGCCUCUUCCUCCAGCUCUUCGGACGAUCAAGAGUCACACGCAGCACCAACAAGUACAGCCGCCGUAUCUUCUUACGCCACGUCAACAGCCACGCGGCACGCGCUCCCGUCAGCAGACGCGCUCUUUGCCAGCGACACACGCAGCGUCUUGACGAGUACUAUAAUUCGAUCAGUGUCAGGUGCUCCCGCGCAGGCAACGAACAAGCGCAAGAACGAGCAGCUGAGCCGACCAGCAGCAACCAAAGCACUGAAGACGGAGCGCAAACGCGCUGUUCACACACCACAAGUCGCGUUGUUCGCGCCGCCGCAGCUUCGGCGACCGAAUAUCUCUACCGAAGACCGCAGCGCGUGGAAUACAACUCAGACGGUCGCCUGGCAGAAAAAAGUCAACAUCGAGCGUCCGAGUUCAUGA